ACGGAGCGCCCCGCUUCCGUGUGGAGGAGCUGAGGCUGAGCAGUACCACGUUCGCGCUGGCCGGGGAUUCCGCGCACAACCAAGCCAUGGUGCACUGGUCCGGACACAACAGCAGCGUGAUUCUCAUUCUGACGAAGCUCUAUGACUAUAACCUGGGGAGCAUCACGGAGAGCUCACUGUGGAGGUCAACCGAUUACGGGACAACUUAUGAGAAGCUGAAUGAUAAAGUGGGCUUGAAGACCAUUUUGAGCUAUCUCUACGUGUGUCCUAUCAAUAAGCAAAAGAUUAUGCUGCUCACAGACCCAGAGCUGGAGAGCAGCAUCCUGAUCAGCUCCGAUGAAGGGGCGACCUACCAGAAGUACCGGCUGACCUUCUACAUCCAGAGCCUGCUCUUCCACCCGAAGCAGGAGGACUGGAUUCUGGCCUACAGCCAGGACCAAAAGCUCUACAGCUCUACUGAAUUUGGGAGAAGGUGGCAGCUUAUCCAGGAAGGAGUGGUACCAAACAGGUUCUACUGGUCUGUGAUGGGCUCGAACAAGGAGCCAGACCUCGUGCAUCUCGAGGCCAGAACUCUGGAUGGCCAUUCGCAGUAUCUCACUUGCAGAAUGCAGAACUGCACGGAUGGCAACAAAAGUAAACCUUUCCCAGGCUACAUCGACCCAGACUCCCUGAUCGUCCAGGAUGAUUAUGUGUUCGUUCAGCUGACGUCCGGGGGAAGACCGCACUACUACGUGUCCUACCGCAGGAACGCCUUCGCCCAGAUGAGGCUGCCCAAGUACGCGCUGCCCAAGGACAUGCACGUCAUCAGCACAGAUGAGAACCAAGUGUUUGCUGCGGUCCAGGAGUGGAACCAGAACGACACCUACAACCUCUACAUCUCGGACACCCGUGGGGUCUACUUCACCCUGGCCUUGGAGAAUGUGCAGAGCAGCAGAGGCCCCGAGGGCAACGUCAUGAUCGACCUCUAUGAGGUAGCAGGGAUAAAGGGAAUGUUCUUGGCAAACAAGAAGAUUGACAACCAGGUGAAGACUUUCAUCACGUACAACAAAGGCCGAGACUGGCGCCUGCUGCAGGCGCCGGACACGGAUCUGAGGGGCGACCCUGUGCACUGCCUGCUGCCGUACUGCUCACUGCACCUUCACCUCAAGGUCUCUGAGAAUCCCUACACGUCGGGCAUCAUCGCCAGCCGAGACACGGCUCCGAGCAUCAUAGUGGCUUCGGGUAAUAUAGGCUCUGAAUUGUCAGACAAUGACAUCAGCAUGUUUGUCUCCUCAGAUGCAGGCAAUACUUGGAGGCAGAUCUUUGAAGAAGAGCACAGCAUUCUGUACCUUGACCAAGGCGGGGUCCUGGUUGCCAUGAAGCACACAGCUCUCCCGAUUCGGCAUCUGUGGCUGAGUUUUGAUGAAGGAAGGUCGUGGAGCAAAUACAGUUUCACUUCUACUCCUCUUUUCGUGGACGGGGUCCUGGGUGAGCCCGGAGAAGAGACUCUCAUCAUGACAGUGUUCGGACAUUUCAGCCACCGGUCUGAAUGGCAGCUGGUCAAAGUGGACUACAAGUCCAUUUUCGACAGACGGUGUGCGGAAGAGGACUACGUACCCUGGCACUUGUACAACCAGGGGGAGGCAUGCAUCAUGGGAGCCAAAAGGAAGUACAAGAAGCGAAAAUCAGAGCGGAAGUGCAUGCAGGGGAAAUACGCAGGCGCCAUGGAGUCCGAACCCUGCAUCUGCACAGAGGCGGAUUUUGACUGUGACUAUGGCUAUGAGCGGCACAGCAAUGGCCAGUGCCUGCCUGCAUUUUGGUUCAACCCUUCCUCUCUGUCAAAGGACUGCAGUGUGGGACAGAGCUACCUCAACAGCACGGGGUACAGAAAGGUGGUUUCCAAUAACUGCACGGACGGAGUGAGAGAGCAGUACACCGCCAAGCCGCAGAAAUGUCCCGGCAAGGCCCCUCGCGGGCUCCGUAUCGUCACUGCCGAUGGGAAGCUGACGGCGGAACAGGGCCACAAUGUCACCCUGCUGGUGCAGCUGGAAGAGGGUGACGUUCAGCGGACGCUCAUCCAGGUGGACUUCGGCGAUGGCAUCGCAGUGUCAUAUGUCAACCUCAGCUCCAUGGAGGAUGGGAUCAAACACGUCUACCAGAACGUGGGCAUCUUCCGAGUGACCGUGCAAGUGGACAACAGUCUGGGGUCUGACAGCGCCGUCCUGUACUUACAUGUAACUUGUCCCCUGGAGCACGUGCACCUUUCUCUCCCCUUCGUCACUACAAAGAACAAAGAGGUCAACGCAACUGCAGUGCUGUGGCCCAGCCAAGUGGGCACCCUCACGUACGUGUGGUGGUACGGAAACAACUCGGAGCCCCUGAUCACCUUGGAGGGGAGCAUAUCGUUCAAGUUCACCUCGGAGGGCAUGAACACCAUCACCGUGCAGGUGUCUGCUGGGAACGCUAUCCUGCAGGACACGAAGACCAUCGCAGUGUAUGAGGAGUUCCGCUCUCUCCGCCUGUCCUUCUCUCCAAAUCUGGAUGACUACAACCCGGACAUCCCCGAGUGGAGGAGGGACAUCAGCCGCGUCAUCAGGAAGGCUCUGGUCCAGGCCACCGGGGUUCCAAGCCAGCACAUCCUGGUGGCCGUGCUGCCCGGGCUGCCCACCGCUGCGGAGCUCUUUGUUUUGCCCUCCCAGGACCCAGCUGGAGAGAACAGAAGGUCUCCGGAGGAUCUGGAGCAGAUAUCAGAAGCGCUAAUCCACAAGCUCAACCAAAACUCGGUGCACUUCGAGCUGAAGCCUGGCGUCCAGGUCCUCGUGCACGCGGCACACCUAACCGCAGCCCCGCUGGUGGACCUCACACCGACCCACAGUGGAUCUGCUAUGCUGAUGCUGCUGUCCGUGGUGUUUGUGGGACUGGCUGUGUUCGUCAUCUACAAGUUUAAAAGGAAGAUCCCGGGAAUUAAUGUUUAUGCCCAGAUGCACAAUGAGAAAGAGCGGGAGGCGCUCGGUCCGGGCAGCCACACUGACGGCAGGGCCAGUGCCCCGUGCCCCGAGCGCAGGCGGCCCGGCCAGUCUAGCGAUGAGAAGGCGGAGUCGCAGCGCGUAGGAGAGUAGCUUUACCCUCCCCCCCCUCCCCUUCUGCUCAACCUGGUGACUCAUCUCUCCGGCUGCAAAGAGCGAGACACACCACUCCAGCUUCAACGCCAAAGCGAGAAUCUGCUGGGGCACAGCUUGCAAUCUAAGGAAAGCCCCAAAGGCUGCAGGCGACCUGCCGAUCAGGAAAGAAUUUCGCAGUUGUCAAGUGCAUCAUCCUUCAUGACUACUAACUUUAUGUUUUGUUUUUUUUUUCUUUUUCUUUCCUUUGUUGUUCUGUUUCCUAUUUUGCCAGGAAGUAUUUCCAUAGUUGCUGAGAAUCAAAGCACAAAAGAAAUCCCUACCUAUGUAAAUGUUUGAAUGGAGGACGGCAGUAAAGCAAA